GCGUAGCGCGCACCCAGCCGGCCCCGCCGCGCCCGCUGCCCUCGCCGCCGCCGUCCCCUCAGGCGCCUGCCGCGGCCGGUAAGUCCCUGCUAGCGGAGACGCGGCGGUCCCCGAGUCAACUUUCAGUCCCCUCUUUGCUUCGGCCUCGCCGUUCUCUUCUCUGCGAAAGAUGGCUGUUUGGAGAAGGGGGAGAAGUUAGGGGGUCGCCGGCGUGGGGCGAAGGAGGGCGCAACAGCCUCAGCGGGAGCGGGCGGAGGUUUCCCCUCUCCCAACCCCUCGUGGACCGACAUUGCCAGCUGAAGGAAAGCUGUGAACCCGCAUCUCAGCCCAUCAGUCCUCUGGAUUCCCAUGAUGAGCUCGCCAGUACAGCCAGAUGGGGUGGCGGGACGCGAGCAGCUCUUGGCUCAGCAGAGAAUGCACAGUAUGAUCAGCUCAGUGGAUGUGAAGUCAGAGGUUCCCGUGGGCCUGGAGCCCAUCUCACCUUUAGACCUAAGGACAGACCUCAGGAUGAUGAUGCCAGUGGUGGACCCUGUUGUCCGUGAGAAGCAGCUGCAGCAGGAGUUACUCCUUAUCCAGCAACAGCAGCAAAUCCAGAAGCAGCUCCUGAUCGCAGAGUUUCAGAAACAGCAUGAGAACUUGACACGACAGCACCAGGCUCAGCUGCAGGAGCACAUCAAGUUGCAACAGGAACUUCUAGCCAUAAAACAGCAGCAAGAACUCCUAGAAAAGGAGCAGAAACUGGAGCAACAGAGGCAAGAACAGGAAGUAGAGAGGCAUCGCAGAGAACAGCAGCUUCCUCCUCUCAGAGGCAAAGAUAGAGGACGAGAAAGGGCAGUGGCAAGUACAGAAGUAAAGCAGAAGCUUCAAGAAUUCCUGUUGAGUAAAUCAGCAACAAAAGACACUCCAACUAAUGGAAAAAAUCAUUCCGUGAGCCGCCAUCCCAAGCUCUGGUACACGGCUGCCCACCACACGUCAUUGGAUCAAAGCUCUCCACCCCUGAGUGGAACGUCUCCAUCUUACAAAUACACAUUACCAGGAGCACAAGAUGCAAAAGAUGAUUUCCCCCUUCGAAAAACUGCCUCUGAGCCCAACUUGAAGGUGCGGUCCAGGUUAAAACAGAAAGUGGCAGAGAGGAGAAGCAGCCCCUUACUCAGGCGGAAGGAUGGAAAUGUUGUCACUUCAUUCAAGAAGCGAAUGUUUGAGGUGACAGAAUCCUCAGUCAGUAGCAGUUCGCCUGGGUCUGGUCCCAGUUCACCAAACAACGGGCCAACUGGAAAUGUUACUGAAAAUGAGACUCCCGUUUUGCCACCUACUCCUCAUGCUGAGCAGAAAAUGGUUUCCCAGCAACGCAUUCUAAUUCACGAAGAUUCCAUGAACCUGCUAAGUCUUUAUACCUCUCCCUCUUUGCCCAACAUUACCUUGGGACUUCCAGCAGUGCCAGCCCAGCUCAAUCCUUCAAAUUCACUCAAAGAAAAACAGAAGUGUGAGACGCAGACACUCAGGCCAGGCGUCCCUCUGCCCGGGCAGUACGGGGGCAGCAUCGCAUCAUCUUCCAGCCAUCCCCAUGUCACUUUGGAGGGAAAGCCCAACAGCAGCCACCAAGCUCUCCUGCAGCAUUUAUUACUGAAGGAACAAAUGCGACAGCAGAAGCUCCUUGUGGCUGGUGGAGUUCCCUUACAUCCUCAGUCUCCCUUGGCAACAAAAGAGAGAAUUUCACCUGGCAUUAGAGGUACCCACAAAUUACCCCGUCACAGACCCCUGAAUCGAACCCAGUCUGCACCUUUGCCUCAGAGCACGUUGGCUCAGCUGGUCAUUCAGCAGCAACACCAGCAAUUCCUGGAGAAGCAGAAGCAAUACCAGCAGCAGAUCCAUAUGAACAAACUGCUUUCGAAAUCUAUUGAACAACUGAAGCAACCAGGCAGUCAUCUCGAGGAAGCGGAGGAAGAGCUUCAGGGGGACCAGGCGAUGCAGGAAGACAGAGCACCCUCUAGUGGCAACAGCACUAGGAGUGACAGCAGUGCUUGUGUGGAUGACACACUGGGACAAGCUGGGGCUGUGAAGGUCAAGGAAGAACCGGUGGACAGUGAUGAAGAUGCUCAGAUCCAGGAAAUGGAAUCUGGGGAGCAGGCUGCUUUUAUGCAACAGCCCUUCCUGGAGCCCCAGCACACACGUGCACUCUCGGUGCACCAAGCUCAGCUGGCUGCGAUUGGCAUGGACGGAUUAGAGAAACAUCGCCUUAUCUCCAGGACUCAUUCCUCUCCCACUGCCUCCAUUGUACCUCACCCAGCAAUGGACCGCCCCCUCCUGCCUGGCUCUGCAACUGGAAUUGCCUACGAUCCUCUGAUGCUGAAACACCAGUGCAUUUGUGGCAAUUCCACCACCCACCCUGAGCAUGCUGGACGAAUACAGAGCAUCUGGUCACGGCUGCAAGAAACUGGGCUGCUGAAUAAAUGUGAGCGAAUUCAAGGUCGAAAAGCCAGCCUGGAGGAAAUACAGCUUGUUCAUUCUGAACAUCACUCACUAUUAUAUGGCACCAACCCCCUGGACGGACAGAAGCUGGACCCCAGGACACUUCUAGGUGACUCCUCUCAAAAGUUUUUUUCUUCAUUACCUUGUGGUGGACUUGGGGUGGACAGUGACACCAUUUGGAAUGAGCUGCACUCGUCCGGUGCUGCACGCAUGGCUGUUGGCUGUGUCAUCGAGCUGGCUUCCAAAGUGGCCUCAGGAGAGCUGAAGAAUGGGUUUGCUGUUGUGAGGCCCCCAGGGCAUCAUGCUGAAGAAUCCACAGCCAUGGGGUUCUGCUUUUUUAAUUCAGUUGCAAUUACCGCCAAAUACUUGAGAGACCAACUAAAUAUAAGCAAGAUAUUGAUUGUAGAUCUGGAUGUUCACCAUGGAAAUGGUACACAGCAGGCCUUUUAUGCUGACCCCAGCAUCCUGUAUAUUUCACUCCAUCGCUAUGAUGAAGGGAACUUUUUCCCUGGCAGUGGAGCCCCAAAUGAGGUUGGAACAGGCCUUGGAGAAGGAUACAAUAUAAAUAUUGCCUGGACAGGUGGCCUUGAUCCCCCCAUGGGAGAUGUUGAGUACCUUGAAGCAUUCAGGACUGUCGUGAAGCCUGUGGCCCAAGAGUUUGAUCCAGAUAUGGUCCUGGUUUCUGCUGGAUUUGACGCAUUAGAAGGCCACGCCCCUCCUCUGGGAGGCUACAAAGUGACAGCAAAAUGCUUUGGUCAUUUGACGAAGCAGUUGAUGACACUGGCUGAUGGACAUGUGGUGUUGGCUCUAGAAGGAGGACAUGAUCUCACAGCCAUCUGCGAUGCCUCAGAAGCCUGUGUAAAUGCCCUUCUAGGAAAUGAGUUGGAGCCGCUCACAGACGAUGUUCUCCACCAGACUCCGAAUACGAAUGCUGUUAUUUCCUUACAGAAGAUCAUUGAAAUUCAAAGCAAGUACUGGAAGUCGAUGAGGACGGUGGCUGUGCCAAGAGGCUGUGCUCUGGUCGGGGCUCAGUUGCAAGAGGAGACAGAGACCGUUUCUGCCCUGGCCUCCCUGACAGUGGAUGUGGAACAGCCCUUUGCUAGAGAAGACGGCAGAACUGCUGGUGAGCCUAUGGAAGAGGAGCCAGCCUUGUGAAGUGCCAAGUCCCCCCCCAGCCGCCCCACCCCCGAUAUUUCCUGUAUGUGACAUCAUUGUGUAUCCCCUACCCUACCCCCCCAGCACCCUCAGACAUGUCUUGUCUGCUGCCUGGGUGGCACAGAUUCGAUGGAACAUAAACACUGGGCACAAAAUUCUGAACAGCAGCUUCACUUGUUCUUUGGAUGGACUUGAAAGGGCAUUAAAGAUUCCUUAAAAGUAACCGCUGUGAUUCUAAAGUUACAGUAAACCACGAUUGGAAGAAACUGCUUCCAGCGUGCUUUUAAUAUGCUGGGUGACCCACUCUCUGUCCCAACGUAUGAACUAGAAACACCCAAUACAGCCAUUAGAUACUGUUAAUUACAGAUGCUAUGACAGCCAGCAAAAUUGGGGGCAAAACCUGAGAAAUACUCAUUCCUGACAUUCUGAUCAGUUUUUUUUAAUUGGAUAAUUUUUAGUCAAACAGUCUUAAAUUGUUUACAGGAUUUGCUUUCAGCGAUGAACAGAUAGCAAUUCCCGACAGAUCACAGGGGUUUUUUGUUUUGUUUUGUUUCGUUUUUUGGCCUUUGUUUUAACACAGGGUUCAACUCCUGCUAGUAAAAAUUCAAAAUGGAGGAACCGGGCUGAGGCUUUGUAAUAAACUAUGCUGUAUCUCAAAGUCCAAUGCCAGAGGAGCCUCACACACUGUAUACAAUGGUGCAGUAUUUUAUGUCACUUUUUUUGAGGAAAGCUACCCUAUUUCCCUAGCACCCCUCCGUGUUCUCACACCCAGGAGAUGUGCACUGGAUUCACCCCCUCUCACACAGCCCUCGCUCUGAUGACAGUAGCUCUGAGCGUAUGAUCCACAGAGGAUUUUCUGUGUCUGUCUUUGAAAAGUGCGUAACUUUUCAAAGGCGAUCUUAAUUUGCUCCACAUCUAUCAGGAACUUAUUCUCUUACUUCUAUUUUUCUGCCUUCCAUCACUUCCUUUCUUCUUGCUUUUCAUCCUUCCUUCCUAUUUGAAAAAAAAAAAAAAGGAUUAUCCAUAAUCUCCCCAAUUACUCAGGAGCUUUGAGUAUUUCUUUACUUUCCAGGUUAACACAGUUGCUUAGUCUGAUGUGUUCUUUGGUUGUGAAACCACUGAGGUGAAUAUGACUUACGCAGUGUCGCUGAAUUUUUAGAUCUUUGAAAUGUGUUAAUGAAGGCAUUGCCUAUUUGAAGUCACCCUGAAUUGAGUUAACCUUGAAGUUGUGCCUUCAUGUGAAAAAAGCAACAAGAACUUAACCUCUACACAUGUUGCCUUAGGGUCAAAGGCUAAAAAUAAAGGACAUUUCUGAGAUUAAAAGCAACUUACUAAAUAUAAGUAGGUUAUCCCCCCACCUCCCAAAAUUCUAUUUCAGUGCAUAACUCAAACACCUAAAGACACUGGUGUAUAAUACCUCGCAGUAUUUAAUAUCUGACAAUGCUUUCAAAGAGUCGAUGUUUCUUUUCAUAUAUUUUCCUAACUCAAAGGAUAUAUUAAAGCCAUAAGUGAAGAUUGUCAUGCUUUUAUUCAGAAAUCUGAAAGAAACCUUAAUUAAAACAAGGUUUUAGGGAAGGCCAUGAUAUGAAAGAUACGGAACAAUAUGGUUUUAGUUAAAGAGGACUCUAACCUGUAAAUCAAAGAUGAAAGAUUUCACUCAAGUAGAAUUAUAUAACUCCCUUUUGUUAUACAGUCAGACCAUAUUUUUCAUGCAUUUGGUUUUUUUAGGAUUACCAUUUUAAUUUUAAAGACUUUUAUUACAUACACAAAAAUGGCUCAAUACUUGGUUUAACAUCUUAGAAAUUUGAGACACCCUUUGAAAUGGCAAAUCUAAAAUGGAAUGUAACUCAGUAUUAGUUAAAAAUUACUUUCAUUGCGUAAGAGUAAGGUCAAUCUAGAUUCACAAUAGUAAUGAUUUUUUUUCAUGAUACUUUUAGAGAAAUUCAUGCCAAUCAUAUUUGCUAACUCUUGCUGUUUUUACUGUAAUUGCUUGAGAAGACUUACUUAAAACCAAAGGCUUAAAAAAAAAGACACCCCCCCUCUUAAAAAGGAAAGUUAUACCAUAUUGUAAUUGGAAACAGAAUUGUGACUUUUAAAAAUCAACUUCAUAAUUACAAAUCUCUAUUAUUACUUUUAGUCCUCCCAGAUAUUUUUUAGAUUUUGAAUAAGAAAAUGAAACAAUAUAAUGCAAAGGUACUAAUUUACUGGUUUCCUACAGUAAUUUUGCUGCAUUCUUAUGCACAGCUAUCAGUCUGAUAAAGCCAAGUCACUAGGACAUCUCCAUGGUUAUUUAGAUUUAAAACAUGACACAUUAAUGAGUUAAUCACACAUUCUUCCAUGUGAUACAGUACCCAGUUGGUCACAGAGUUUUCAGGAUACACAGAGAAGGAGAUAAACUAUGGAAAAGGAUUAAUCACAGCUGAAUGUAGUUUUAAGAACAGAAUGCCAGUGCUUUUUGAUUAUACUGUUACAAGAUGUAUGGUAGCCCUCAGGAACAGAAUGGAGGCUUUUGGAGAAUAUCAGCACUUCUUUUGCGAUAGAGCAGUGCUUUUUGAAAGGGUAGUUUCACUUGGUAUAGUUUUCUUCACUUAUACAUUUAAUUUUUAUUGCUCACAAUAGUUUGCGGUAAGAGUAUUAGAAACACUCCUCUGUAAGCAUUAUCAACAAUUUAUCUCUUCCUGAUACAUGCUUUGAAGGAUAAUCACACUGGCUUUCUCACAAUCUCUUAAUAACUCAUUAAUGAUGAAUAAAAAAUAAAGGUUUUUAAGAAAUCUAUCAGUAAACAAUGCUAGGAGUUCAAUUUAAUAAGAUUUGAUAAUAGGUGUAAAAAGAAAAUUAAUUUUCUCAUUUAUAUAGUAUAAUCUAGCAUUUUAUAUUAAAUUGAAAAGCAGACAGUUUUAUUAAAUAAGUAAAAUGGACCUCAAAUGUUAAUAGAAGCUAUUUAGUCACUGCUUAGUAAAUGAGAAUAUUUUGAGAUGAAAUAUUUUUAAACAUUUUAACAAACUUACAUCAGUAGUGGAGACAGAGUCAGCUUUUGAAGAAAACAGAGAUACUUAUGAAAAACUACUAUAAAUCACAUUUUCAUUACAAAUCCUACGAACUGAAAUCAUGCCUUCAGUUUUGAUGGUGACCUUCUGCAAACUCUCACCCACCUCUCACUGACAACAUGGUGGAUUUGAAAGCAGGACAUCUCCUCACAGGAAGAUCUCAGAAACUACAGGGUUCAACAAUUCAGGACUGUUUUAUUUCCAAAGGUCAUUCCUAAAGAUUUUUUAAUUUACUGGGUUUCUUUACAGGCUCCAUAUGGAAGUAAAAUAGAAUGACCAUGUGGAAGUUCUCCUGGGAGAAAAUUUCUCUUCAGUCAGCACUUUUAUACUUAUUUCUUAAACUUAGCAUUGUUUAGGACAAUGUAUUUAAAUAUUUUUUACUAUUUAUCUUUUGAAAGUUUACUCAAUAUUUCUCAAUGAAAGUAUUAAAUGCCUAAUAGACAAAACAAACAAACCAAAGGUUUCUGUCUUAAAAGUGAUUCAUUCUGAGCUUGAAAUAAUCACUCUGUCAAGAGUUUGCAUCGUCAUUUCUAGCAGCAUCUAAACAUUCUUUUCCUGCUUGAGAAAUGAAAUCACUUGACUUACUGAGAAAAUUUAAAAAAAAAAAAAAAAGGCCACUACACACCUGUUCAACCAUUCCUUAAAGAGGGCAUUUUCACCUUCAAAAGAAAUGAAAAUCAGAUAAUCUAUGCUAAGAAAUGAAGGCAUUUUAGUAUUGUCUUCAAAACUGAUCUCAGCAUGGUCAUGAUCAUCAACAAAUAUGUCUUAUGUUCCCCAAGGACACCAGUAUAUUUUGGUCUCCAGCAGCAGUUUGUAUUUACUGCCUUUUGAAUGAAGUAUUAUACGAGUAUUACAUCAUCUUCAUCAACAGCUUCACUAAAAUAUGGAAGUGCCUAUGUGUGGCUUCUUUUCCUAGUCAUAUUUACAUUGAAAAUCAUAGCCCUUGCCUCCUAACAGCUUGCUUUACCCCAUCAAAUGCUUCUUUUUUUUUUUUUUUUUUUUAGUUUUUGGGGGCAGGUAAUUAGGUUUAUUCAUUUCAACCAAUGUACUGGGGAUUGAACUCAAGACCUUGUGCAUGCUAAGUGCACACUCUACCAGUGAGCUAUACCCUCCCCCCACCAAAUGCUUCAUGAAGCACAGAAUGAUUGUCAUGGGGUCAGAGGAUAAUUUUUUUAGAUGAACAUGGUAUACUCACACAGGACUAUGGAGCUGGACUUCCCCAAAUCAACUACAGCUCAUUUUUUCUAUGACAUACCUGGCUGCUUUUAUGUAACAACUGAGUCAGUUAUUAAUAUACUAAAAAUAAGUGAACUUUAGACUGUUGAUCUGGGGCUGCUCUGAUUUGACCUCAGUGACCAAGUAAUAGCAUUGUAACAGUUUCUCAAGCCAUCUUAAUUCUCAUAUUGGAACAUUUAGCAAACACGUGGUGAAUUCACCAUGUAGUGCCAAUCCUUCUAACCAACAACCUCUUCUCCACCCUUCUCUCCUUCCCUUGUCGAAUUGCCAAAACCAAAUUGCCACAUCUAAACCAUGACAAUAAUUUCUUAAAUCUCUAUGUUUCCUAACUAGAAACAAGGUUGGCAACUUAUUUUCUGAGACACCAUUGGGUUCACUUUCUUUCUUGCCAUUUUAUAUAAAAACUCUAGUAGGCACUACUCUGUAUCUUCCUUGUUAUCACUUCCUUUUCAAGACCACUUGACUUUUUUUUUACUAUUCUUAUCUUAAAAUAUAAAUCAAUUUUGUGUGUUUGGGUCUACUACUUUGGACCUGGCAUUUGUUUUAUUAGUACAGAAUAUUUCCUUUCGUCUCAAAUACAGUUUUCCUCUGUUCUUGCUACUACCUAAUUGUGCUGUGCUAGUUAUCACGCAAGAAGAUUGUACACAUUCUUUUCUUGCCCUUAGGAUAUGUUUUGUGAGUCAAACCCACAAGCAUAAACUCCAACCUGAAGAACAAAACUGCAAAAGAGAAAUUUUAAAUCAAUAUAAUUUGGAAGUAAGAUAUUUCCAGAUUUGUCAAAGAAAAUUGGAGUCCUUUUAUUUUUCUGUUUGGGCUUUAGGCACAUUAGAGGCGAAGGUUGCAACAUCAAAAUAAGGAGGGUCAAAUGUUUUUGAGGACAUUGUGGUCAUGUCCUCUAGGCUUCAUUGUGGUGCCCUUUCUUGCAGUUGGCAUUUUAUGACAUUUGACAGAUCUUGCAACAAUUCCUGACUAUUUCUUUUAUUAACUUAAAAUUGAGUAGAAGUGGAAUAAUUUAAGGAAACAAGAAUUCUAAAAUCUGAGGAGGAAUGGCACUUCCUUGGGUAUGCAGAGAUUGUUUUUAGAUUUAAGAGAAAUCUCUGUAUGCUCUUCCUGAAUUGUAAGAGUCUCACACUCUUUCUGGAUAAGCAAUGGUCAGUGUCUGUCGCCACAGUGUCCGGGUUAUAUGAAAUCAUCCUUUCAGUGGUGGCCGGCAUAACAAGCAUGCUGUUAAAAGUGAGUGAUCGUUUUGUCGAUUAUAGCCUCAGCAGUUUGUGUCAUUUGAAAGCAAAUAUCCUGAUAUUUUUAAAUAAGGUGGGCAGAGCAGGCAGGAAACCAGUAUUUAUCACUCUAGUGAUUAAACACUCUAGACUGGGUUUGUUGAUGUGUAUGUCAAUAAUCUGGAGUUUCUAGCUUAGUGUAAAAUCAAAAUGUCUUUUCUAUUAUGGUCUGAUAUCUGUUUCUGUAAUAAGAUCAGUUUGUUGUCCUCUGUGCACCAGUGGUUUUGCCCUUAAUUUUUUUGGCUAGCAUUCACCAAAAUCUGUCAUCCAGAGCUGCUGAGAAAAAUACAUGUUGCCAAACUUUUUUUCUUAAAAUUGUGCUGCCAGUGAUGUUUCCCCAGAUGUGAAAAAUAUUAUCUAACAAAGGAUCAAUUCCUAAUAACAAUACCAUUGUUGAACAUGUUGAUGGACUGUUUGCCUUCUUUCUGAGUCCUUUUUUAUUGUAUUUGAAAAUACUGAAUGGAAAAUUCAAUGGUGUGCUCCGAAUUAUUGUUGAUGUUGUUAAUGUCAUGAUUCUCCUUCAAAAAGUAUGAAAGAUCUCCUCUUGUCGUGUGUUUUCUACUGAAUUAGAUUUUCCUCUAGUCCUAGUAUGAAUAAAAGCUAUUUGAAAUAAAAGUGUUCUUAUUUUUCUACCUCCUUUGUGCCUACCAAAAGACUUUGAAUACUAGAUAUUUAGUCAAUAUUUGUUGAGUA